UGCUCUCUUUACAAGCCCUAAAAUCAAAGACCAGCUUCUCUCUCUCCGAAGAAUUUGUAGGAAGAAAUGUACAAAACGAAGCUUCAGGAGCUUUGUCACCAGUACUCAUGGAACUUGCCGGCGUAUACGACCGUGAAAGACGGUCCCGAUCACAACCCUAGGUUUAACUCCACGGUGGUUGUUAAUGGCCUGACUUUUGAGGUUCCAAAGGAUCAAUGUAGAUCCUCUAAGGAAUCCCAGAAUCAAGCUGCCAAACUCGCAUUCGAUCACUUCACUGCCGCUAAAGCCGUUGAAAAACAAAUACGCGAUUUACCACUUGUUCGAGGUUAUCCAAGUCCGUUGUGCUCUGGUUUGUCUACUUCCAAUAUUAAUUUGGAUGUUCGAAUUGUGCCACCAACCCAACAAGAAGAUGCACCAUCUCCCCAGACUAACAGAACUCCAUUGGCUUCCAAUGAAGAUAAGAGGUCCAAAGGUCGGAAAGAAAUUAUUUUGUUUUUGCCAUCUUCUUCUUGUCAAUUACAUUGCAGCACUGCUUUUCAUAUGAGAAUUAUUCUUCAAGGAUUUUGAGGGUUGCCUGAGUCAUUUUACAUCUAAAAACUUAUAAUUAUCUAUAUUUAAGCUUGCAGAGAAAAUUUAUGUUGUUUUUAGGAGAUCACUUCAAUGUUUUAUCAUGCGUUGCUAAAAGUUUCUCUUAUUAUGAAAAUGCUAUAAGUGAUGUGUAAUUAAAAGAUAGGCUGAAGUUAUUUUAUCAUCUUGGUCUUGUGUAGCUAAGGACUAAAAAGGAAUUUUUUGUAUCUCUAAUAAGAGCAAAAUUAAAGAUUGAAGGGCAAGUGAAAUUCGAAUUGUUAAUGGAAUCUGUGCUGGUGUUCCCGUCAGAAUGCUAAGAAGAAUAUUUGGAAAGCUGACCUUUAAUUCUUUAAUUAUUACAUUACAACUUACACAAAAAAAUGUUGCAUUCCAAAAUCUGAUGCACUUCGAAAGUGGUACUGAAAUUGGAGAAGUUAGUGGUCAUUAAUAUGAAAAUUGAAGAUCAAGUCAUUUCCAAAAUGACAAUAAUUAAUGGUACUUUUUCAUAUGCAUUGACUUGUCAAUGAAGUGAUACGAUUCUAGUCUCAUGGAUGCCCCUUUUUGUUAUUGUGACUAGAUUUUCUUGUCAUUGUAUUUUUUUUAAGUUCUAAAUUAAUGGGCUAUAUUCUACAUGAUAUCCGUCACUUAUAGACAAUUUGGAGAAAUAUAUAUUGGUGAAUAAUUUCAAUAUUUCUAAAGAUAAGCAAGGAUCAAAAUUUUGUGUUUGUGCAUUGUUUCGGUCAUUUAGGAAAUGAAAACGUUUUGACUUGUUUUUGAAAAGUUUUGACCCAUUUCAGUGAUAGAAUGAAAAAAAAAAUUAAAAAUUAUUUUUCCAAAAC